AUAUUCAAUUCUGGUAUGGUGAAUCCUCCGAGAGAAGAGAUACAGAAGAUCAGGAUGCAACUUGAAGAAUAUGGCCAAGUGGGAGAUGCCAGUGUUUUCUACUGGUUUCACAACAGAAAAUCCCGAACCAAGCAAAACCAACGCCAUCUUCAGGCUUCUGCUGAAAAAUCCUCUAAAUCCUCUGCCACUGGGCAAAGAUGUUUUGACCAAUAUGGUGUUACCCUUCCCAAUAACAAUACAAGCUCUUUCAUUGGAGAACUGCCUUCCUCUCUGCUGCCUUGUACAUCAUCUACUUGCAAUAUUCAUGGAAUGUCCAAUAUACCUCAGAAUCAACAGACCUAUUCUUCAUUUCUACACAAUGAAGGACAAGCUUAUCCUCCAUAUGUGGAUCACCAUGCAGCAGCUGAGACCUUUAAACCCCACCAAAAUCUCUUAUCACCGCCUCUGAAUGACAGCACUAUUAUUCAUUCAGGCGCCGAAUCGAGAGUGAGCAGCUCGAAUGCUUCUUCAUUCACCGUUUUUAUCAAUUAUAUUCCAAUCGAUGUUCCAAUGGGUCCUAUCAAUGUGAACGCCCUCUUCGGUCCAAAUGCUGUUCUGUUUCAUUCCUACGGCCAACCCGUAAUAAUGGAUGAACAGGGAUUCACUUUGCAAGCCCUGCAACAAGGAGCUAUGUAUUACUUGAUGCAAAUAUGAAUUGGUCGAUCGGCUCCCUAGAAUAGUGUUCUCUUGUCUAUGGCAGACAUAUAUUAUUCCAGUUAUAUAUACAGUGCUUAGAAAGUUUAUCAUGGUCAACUUAGUAUUAUGGUGAUUAUAUAGCGCAUUAGAGCCUUAUUAUCAGUCUUUUAAUAGACAAUGGCAGCCUGAGCUUGGGCUGA